GCAAGUAUACAUGGCUAAAGAAAUCAGAACUGGAGAAAUUGUAGCGCUGAAGAAAAUUAGGAUGGACAAUGAAAGAGAAGGGUGUUACAUGAGGCAGCUGUUAACUGGACUACAUUAUUGUCAUGUUAACCAGGUGCUUCAUCGUGACAUCAAAGGAUCUAAUUUACUGAUUGAUAAUGAGGGAAAUCUAAAACUGGCUGAUUUUGGGCUUGCACGCUCAUUUUCUAGUGAUCACAAUGGCAACUUAACUAAUCGUGUAAUAACUUUGUGGUAUAGGCCUCCGGAGUUGCUGCUAGGAGCAACCAAGUAUGGUCCAGCUGUAGACAUGUGGUCUGUUGGUUGUAUUUUUGCAGAGCUUUUACAUGGAAAGCCCAUCUUACCUGGGAAAAAUGAGCCAGAACAGUUGACGAAGAUUUUUGAGCUCUGUGGAACUCCAGAUGAGGUGAACUGGCCUGGUGUUACUAAGAUGCCUUGGUAUAACAACUUCAAGCCUUCAAGGCCAACGAAGAGACGUGUCAGGGAGCUUUUCAAGCAUUUCGACCGUCAUGCCUUGGAGUUAUUGGAGAGGAUGUUAAUGCUCGAUCCAUCUCAGAGAAUAUCAGCAAAAGAUGCACUUGAUGCAGAGUAUUUCUGGGCUGAUCCCUUACCAUGUGAUCCAAAAAGCCUUCCGAAGUACGAAUCUUCCCACGAAUUUCAGACGAAGAAGAAGCGCCAGCAACAACGCCAGCACGAAGAAAUGGCGAAGCGUCAGAAGCUUCAGCACCCUCAGCCUCAUGCCCGUCUUCCUCCCAUCCAACAGACCGGUCAACCUCAUCCCCAAAUGUGGCCUGGUCCCGGUCAACCCAUCCCGGCGGCGGUAGUAGUGCUGGUUAUGGUGCGGCGGCUGGAAACUAUCCACAAGGUGGUCCUUACGGCGCUUCUGGUGCCAACCGUGGCCCAAAUAUGGGUCCGAACCGAAAUCAGUACAAUUGGCAGUAGACACAUUAGUUGCAUUGUGUGUGCUACUUGUUGCUUUGAUUGUGCGUGUAGGCUUUGGGUGCUUGUGCUAGGUUUCUUACUGAUGUAUAAUUGGGUGGUUUCAUAGAGUUUUAGAAAUUGCAUUAUGAGAGCAAACGUGUGCUACCCUUUGUUAAUUAGUUGGUUUUAUGUUCUACGCUGAUCAGUCAUAGUCUAAUGGAAGAUAUGGUCAUUGGACUAGUGAGAUUUGGAUUCAUUUAUGUAAAUGACCCAAAAAAAGAAUGGUCUUUUUUGUGAGAAAGUUGAGCCCAAAGUGCCUUUUAUGUGGACAAAGUAUGUGGUGAAUGACCUUUCUAAGGCAAAAUUUUU